UUGACAGCAACCCUUUCGGAGAAAAAACCGAAUAAAAUCCCAUCCCACGCGCCCACAGGCGCAGAACACCUACCUCUGGAACUCUGGAGAGAGGGGAAGAACCACUCCAAACCCCUUAUCCACGUGUGACUCCUUCAUUGGUCUAUAUCUCCAUUUCUUUAAAUCGCGAUAUUUCUAUGUGCCUGCCGCUCUCUCCACCCCCAAAACCAGGUGCUCCAAUCGCAUCACGACAGUCAAUCCCAGCCGUUCCUUCCCACUCUCACUCUUCGUUUUCUCUCCUCCAAACCCAAACCACAUCUCCGCAAGAAUCUCCCAUUUUCUGUAGUAAUCCCACUCUCAUCUGAACUUCUCACUCCAGAUUCCAGAUGGAGGAUCCAAACGCUCAAAAUUCGAGAAAUCUUAUAUUUGGAAAGUACGAGAUGGGCCGGCUUCUAGGGCAGGGCACGUUCGCGAAGGUGUAUUACGGAAAACAUCUCAGAUCGGGCGAGAGCGUGGCGAUCAAGGUCAUCAACAAAGAUCAGGUGAAGAAAGAGGGCUUGAUCGAGCAGAUCAAGCGCGAAAUCUCUGUGAUGAGGAUGGUCCGGCAUCCCAACGUUGUAGGAUUGAAGGAGGUGAUGGCUACCAAAACGAAGAUCUUCUUCGUGAUGGAGUACGUCCGCGGCGGUGAGCUGUUCGCCAAGGUCGCUAGAGGGAAGCUGAAGGAAGACGUGGCCCGGAAGUACUUCCAGCAGUUGAUCUCAGCCAUUGAUUUUUGUCACAGCCGCGGGGUCUCGCAUCGGGACCUGAAGCCUGAGAACCUGCUGCUGGAUGAGAACGAGGAUCUGAAGAUCUCGGAUUUUGGCCUCUCCGCCCUGCCGGAGCAGCUUCGCAACGACGGACUACUGCACACGCAGUGCGGGACACCGGCUUACGUGGCCCCGGAGGUGCUGAGAAAGAAGGGCUAUGACGGGGCGAAGGCGGAUCUAUGGUCCUGCGGAGUGAUUCUAUACGUGCUCCUCGCCGGAUUCCUCCCUUUCCAAGAGGAAAACGUCAUGAAGAUGUACCGGAGAGUUUUCAAGGCGGAGUUCGAAUUUCCGCCGUGGAUCUCGUCUGACGCCCGGCGACUGAUCUCAAAGCUCCUCGUCGCUGAUCCGGAGAAGCGGAUCACGAUCGCUGCGAUAAUGCAAGUUCCCUGGUUCAAGAAGGGGUUCUGCCGGCCGCGGGCGUUCUCGAUUGCUGAACCGACGGAUAGAUUUGAAGAGGAGGAGUCACCGAAGGGCGAAUUGACUGGCCCGGCCCAAUCUGUGUCGGUCCCGCCUUUUUACAAUGCGUUCGAGCUGAUAUCGUCAAUGUCGUCAGGGUUCGAUCUCUCGAAUCUCUUCGAGAACAAGAAGAAAGCGGGGUCCAUCUUCACGUCGAGGUGCUCGGCGGCGGCGAUCAUGGCUCGCUUGGAAGGCGUGGCGAAGGGGCUGAGCUUUCGGGUGAUGAAGCUGAAGGAAUUCAAGGUGCGUAUGCAGGGGGCCGUCGAAGGGCGGAAGGGGCAGCUCGCAGUGACGGCGGAGGUGUUCGAGGUGGCGCCGGAGGUGGCCGUUGUUGAAUUCUCGAAAUCGGCCGGCGAUACGCUGGAAUACGUGAAAUUCUGCGAGGAGGACGUGCGGCCCGCAUUGAAGGAUAUCGUGUGGACAUGGCAGGGGGAUAACUGUAAUAACGGCAAUGGCAAUGGUGACAGUGAUGAGUUUGUUCAUGGCUGUAAUUGAGCGUCUCUGAGGUGUGGGCCCCACUUGAUCUGGACCGUGUGAUCUUCGCCCCCAUACCUGAUGUUCGUGCCGUGUACGGAGGAGGCGAAUCCAUUUCCACUUCUACUCUCCGUUUCAAGGCUACUACUGAUUUUCAUUGUGAUUCAGAUGGGCAGUGUGAAUCUACCGUCCAAUUGCCAAAUCGCCACUUGUCAGGUAUCUAGCCCUCUGUUUGUACAUGAAUGUAAAUAUGAUCUGCCGUCGCGGGGAGUGGAGUUUGCUGUUUUUCUUUCGUUUUUUGUGCUGUACAUGAGCAAGUGAUCGGAUUAAAAGGGGUUGUGUUUUAAGUUUUGAGAGGGUGCGUUUGGAUGUACCCCAGAUCGUAAUCGGUAAUGCACAAGCGGCACUCUAUUUUAUACAA